CUGUGGGAUUUCAAGAUGGCGUCAAGCGGAGGAGAUGAACACGAAUGGACAGCGGCAGUGCGACCGCUUUUAUCAGCCUCGUACACCGCUUUUGAAACGAAGGAGCUACCUCAGCUUGUCGGGUCUAUAAUAAACAGUGAAACAGAUAUUCUACACCACGACAAGCAGUACGAGCCUUUCUACUCGUCAUUUGUGGCUCUCUCCGCUCAUUACAUCACCACAGUAUGUGGGCAGAUACCAAGAAAUCAGUUGCUGUCAGUGGCAGCAGCAUGCAAAGUAUUGAUCGAGUUCUCGCUAUUGCGGCUGGAGAACCCGGAUGAAGCAUGUGCAGUGUCACAGAAACACCUGAUUCUUCUCAUAAAAGGACUUUGCACCGGCUGCAGCAGACUGGACCGCACAGAAAUCAUUACUUUCACUGCUAUGAUGAAGUCUGCCAAGUUGCCUCAAACCGUCAAAACCCUUUCAGAUGUGGAGGAUCAGAAAGAACUGCCCACUACUACUGUGAACCCUGAGCUUAGACAAAAAGAAGUACAAAUGAACUUCUUUAAUCAGCUCACUUCAGUUUUUAAUCCGGACCUUACCACCAUCUUGGCCUCCCCUUCAACAGCGCACAUGCAGACUGAGAGCGACUGCGACGACCAAACCUCAGACCAGGCUCUUCAGGCCAAAAUGAAAAAUGCCUUUGUAUCUCAGAAUGUGUCAAGCUUACAGGAACUUGGUGGGUCUGAGAAACUGCUGCGAGUGUGCCUCAACUUGCCCUACUUCCUACGCUACAUCAAUCGUUUCCAAGAUGCUGUGUCGGCCAACUCUUUCUUUAUCAUGCCUGCCACUGUGGCGGAUGCUACGGCUGUCCGCAAUGGAUUUCAUUCCUUAGUGAUAGAUGUGACAAUGGCAUUGGACACACUCUCUCUCCCUGUUCUCGAGCCUCUGACUCCUGGGAGACUUCUGGACAUGACUGUGCUGGCUCUGAGCUGCCUCUAUGCUGGUGUGAGUGUGGCCACCUGCAUGGCUAUUCUGCAAGUUGGUAGUGGUUUACAGCUUCGCUCUGCCACCACUGGGACUAAAGAGGAGGACUAUGAAAAUGAUGCUGCCACAAUUGUUCAAAAAUGUCUGGAAAUUUAUGAAAUGAUUGGACAAGCCAUCAGCAACUCUCGCAGAGCUGGAGGAGAGCAUUACCAGAACUUCCAGCUGCUUGGAGCCUGGUGCCUAUUAAAUAGCCUGUAUUUAAUCCUGAACCUCAGCCCCACUGCUCUGGCUGAUAAGGGCAAAGAGAAGGACCCUCUGGCUGCUCUCAGAGUGCGGGACAUCGCUGCUCGCACUAAAGAUGGAGCUGGUUCACCCAAACUUGGUCCUGGAAAAGGGCACCAAGGGUUUGGAGUUUUGUCUGUCAUCCUGGCAAACCAUGCCAUCAAACUUCUGACCUCACUUUUCCAAGAUCUGCAAGUAGAAGCACUGCACCGGGGGUGGGCGAGUGAUGGUCCUCCAGCUGAACUCAACAUCAUGGCCCAGAGCACUUCUAUUCAGAGAGUUCAAAGGCUCAUAGACUCUGUCCCCCUCACCAACCUCCUGUUUACUCUGCUGUGCACAUCAUACAAAAAGGCUUGUGUUCUCCAGAGACAGAGGAAAGGUUCAGUCAGCAGCGAUGCCAGUGCUUCCACAGAUUCUAACACUUACUACGAGGACGACUUUAGCAGCACAGAGGAGGACAGCAGCCAAGCAGAGAGAAGACAGGAGAAGACAAGUGCAGCUUGUGUCUCAGAUGACGAUAGUGAACCAAUUCUGGGGUUGUGGUUUGAAGAGACAAUAUCCCCAUCGAAGGACAAAGUAGCACCCCCACCUCCCCCGCCACCCCCACCUUUGGAAACUUCACCCAGGUUAAAAAGCCCCAGCAAGCAGAACCCAAGUGAGAAUGGGAAUAUUUUAGCUGGACGUAAAGAUCCAGAGCUGUUUCUCAGUUUGGCCUCCAGUAUUUUAAAUUUCAUCACCACCUCGAUGCUCAAAUCAAGAAAUAACUUUAUUCGUAACUAUCUGAGCGUGUCUCUGACAGAGCAGCACAUGGCGACUCUGGCCAGUAUCAUUAAAGAUGUUGAUAAGGAUGUGAAAGGGUCAUCAGAUGAAGUAUUUUCUUUAGCUCUGUAUCACUUCAAUCACACUUUGGUUACGUCUGAUCUUCCAUCUCCAGCCCUACAGAGCACCCUCCUUCAGCAGUUGGGGGUUGCCCCUUUCUCAGAGGGUCCCUGGCCUUUGUACAUCCACCCUCAAUCUCUAUCAGUGCUGUCCAGGCUGCUGCUCAUCUGGCAACACAAGGCCACUGUCCAAGGAGACCCAGACGUCCCAGAGUGUAUGAAGGUCUGGGAAAGAUUCCUGGGCACCCUGAAGCAGCACACUCUUCAGGGCACAGUCCAUGGAGACGAUGACUUGAACGUGGAGCAUCUCCAGCUUCUGUUGCUCCUUUUCCACAACCUGUCAGAGCGCGGACGCCGGACUGUGCUCACUCUGGUCACACAGGCCAUUGCUGAAGUGGCUCAGAGUAGAGACUCCCAACUCAAGACUGUGCCCCUCAACCUAGCGCGGCUCCUACUGGUGUUUGACUACCUAAUACGACAUUACUCCAAAGCUCCACUCUACCUCUUUGAACAGGUACAAUACAAUCUCCUGACUCCACCCUCUUCUGGGCCCAGCUCUGCUCAGGAAGGAGGCAAGCGCAGUAGUUUGCCUCUGUACUAUGGCUUCAAAGAGGUAGAGGAAAACUGGGCCAAGCACUGUUCAGCAGACUCAAAUGUUCAACCCAAAUUCUACUGUGUCCUGUCCCCUGAGGCAUCUGAAGAUGAUAUAAGCAGAUUAGAUGGGAAGGUCUUUCCAAAACUCUUCAGUGGAGCAGUUAAAUACGAUGAGCUCUACUCUUGGCUCGUCUCACUCUUGGCGGCAGGAUCCCAGUUUGACACAGCUAGAAGACAGGAGACCAAGCCUAUUACAGCAAUGGAGGCAUGUUCACUGCAGUACUACUUCCUGGUGUUGUGGAGGAUUCUGGGUGUAUUGCCCCCAUCCAAGGCCUACAUUGAGCAGUUGAAAGUGGGCUGCAGUGACCCAACUGAGAGCGAUAUCCUCCACACUCUGAGAUGGUCGUCACGCCUACGAGUGUCUACCUAUGUCAACUGGAUCAAGGAGCACUUGGUGGAGCAGGGAAUGAAAGCAGAUCAAGCAACUACAUUGGUGGAAUCAACAGCAGCUCUGUGUAGUACAGUUAAAUAUGAUGUGGACUUGGCAGAGGAGUACAUAGCCAGACAGAUUUCCACUUUCUCCAGCGUGGACCCCAGUGCAAUCCUUCCUCUCCGGCAGCUGCCCUCUCUUCAGGCCAUCUACACUCUGGAUGCUGUCAUCUCCAAAGUGCAAGUUUCUCUGGACGAGCAUCUGUCCAAAGUGGCCAUUGAAACGGACACUCAGAAGUCCUCUGAGAUCACAAAGAACCUGCUACCAGCCACACUGCAGCUCACAGAUGUUUACACAGCUUUUACAAGGUCCUACCUGCUGAUGAACAUCCCAGAGGAGGGAGAGAAUAAAUUGACAGAUUCUAAACUCCAGGGCUACGCAGCUGUUCUCUCCAUCGGAUCAACUCGCUGCAAGGCCAAUAUGCUAGGUCACAGUGUAAUGCAGAACCUGCCCCCUGCUGUGCAGACAGUGUGUGAGACCUGGAACGGCAUCCACACCAAUGAGUUUCCCAACAUUGGCUCCUGGCGUAAUGCAUUUGCUAAUGACACCAUACCGUCUGAGAGCUACAUCAGUGCCAUCCAGGCUGCUCACCUGGGCACUCUGAGCUGCCAGUCUUUACCUCUCGCCUCUUCAUUAAAACACAUCCUGCUGUCUUUGGUUCGUCUCAUCGGAGACCUCAUUGUAACGGAGGAGUUGAAUCCAUCCCAGGUUGUGCGCACACUGUUGCCUUUGCUGUUGGAGAGUAGUACAGAAAGUGUAGCAGAAAUCAGCAGCACUUCACUGGAGCGGAUCCUUGGGCCUUCUGAGUCAGACGCCUUCCUUGCCCGGAUUUAUGAGCGCUUAGUGACGGGUUGUUACAACAUCAUCGCCAACCACUCUGACCCCAAUAGUGGUUUGGAUGAAUCUGUCCUGGAGGAGUGCCUUCAAUAUCUUGAGAAGCAACUAGAAAGCAGUCAAGUCCGAAAGGCGAUGGAAGAGUUCUUCUCAUUUGGUGGUGAACUUGUCCAAAUCAUGAUGGCCACAGCAAAUGAAAACCUCUCUGCAAAAUUCUGCAACAGGGUUCUCAAGUUCUUUACUAAACUUUUCCAACUAACCGAGAAGAGCCCCAACCCCAGCCUGCUGUGUCUGUGUGGCUCUCUGGCUCAGUUAGCCUGUGUUGAGCCAUCCCGUCUACAGUCCUGGCUAACGAGAAUGACUGCUACGCCGCCCAAGGACUCAGAGCACCUGGAUGUAGUUCAAGAAAACCGCCAACUACUGCAGCUCCUCACCACCCACAUAGUUCGAGACAACAGCCAGGUCGGAGAAGGCGUGUGCACUGUCCUCCUCAGUACGCUCAUACCGAUGGCCACAGAUAUGUUAGCCAAUGGGGACGGGACAGGGUUUCCAGAGCUUAUGGUGAUUAUGGCCACUUUAGCCAGUGCUGGACAAGGAGCAGGGCAUCUACAGCUACACAGAGCAGCUAUAGACUGGCUGACAAGAUGCAAAAAAUAUCUAACUCAGAAGAAUGUUGUUGAAAAAGUGAGCACAAAUCUAACACAAGGAAAGCAUGCUAGUAUGUUGGAGUGCUCGUGCCACAUCAUUUCGUAUCUGGCUGAUGUGAUGAAUGCGCUGAGGCAGAGUAGUGGACAGGGAAACUCUUCUCUGUUAGUGGAUGGAGAGGAGAAGGCCAUGGAGGUGGACUCAGACUGGGUGGAGGAGCUGGCAGUGGAGGAGGAUGACUCCCAGGCUGAGGAUUCAGAUGAAGACUCUCUUUGCAACAAACUUUGCACCUUUACCAUCACACAGAAGGAGUUCAUGAACCAGCACUGGUACCACUGUCACACCUGUAAAAUGGUGGAUGGGGUAGGUGUGUGCACAGUGUGCGCCAAGGUCUGUCACAAAGACCAUGAGAUCUCCUAUGCCAAAUAUGGCUCUUUCUUCUGUGACUGCGGGGCCAAAGAGGAUGGCAGCUGCCAGGUGAGACCGCAUACCUCAGGUCAUCAUGGGAAGAGAACAACAGCGGCUUUGGUCAAACGUAGCCCCAGCAGUGGUAUUGGCUCCACUCUGAAGGAGUCUUCUGCCUUCCAGAGUGAACUGCGAAUGCCUGAAAGUGCCAUACGCCACCAGAACUCCUCUCCGUCCGAUAAGGGAAAGGUGACCAUCUGUGACGGGAAACCUGGAGACGAGGACCGGCCCAAGAAGAGCAGUGUGUGCAAGAGCAUCGAGGGAUGCCAGGAGGAACUGCUCUCACAAGUGAUGGGCUCGUCUACGGCAGCAGCGAUCCUGGAGAUGCUCAUGUUUCUGAUGGAGGCCAUUCAGACUAAUUUUCAGCAGGCUUCUGCGGUGGGCAGCAGCAGCCGAGCCCAACAGGCUCUCAACGAACUGCACACUCAAGACAAAACAGUGGACAUGACUGACCAGCUCAUGGUUCCUACUCUUGGCUCUCAGGAAGGAGCUUUUGAAAACGUCAGGAUGAACUACAGUGGGGACCAGGGCCAGACCAUCAGACAGCUCAUCAGUGCACAUGUCCUGAGGAGAGUGGCUAUGUGUGUGCUAUCUUCACCACAUGGACGCAGACAGCACCUCGCAGUUAGCCAUGAGAAGGGAAAAAUCACAGUGCUGCAGUUGUCCACUCUCCUGAAACAGGCAGACUCCAGUAAGAGGAAGCUGACUCUGACCCGUCUGGCCUCAGCACCGGUUCCUUUCACUGUACUCAGUCUUACAGGGAACCCGUGUAAUGAGGACUACCUGGCUGUUUGUGGACUUAAGGAUUGCCAUGUGCUUACAUUCAGCAGUACAGGUUCUGUCUCUGAUCACUUAGUGCUACAUCCACAACUCGCCACUGGCAACUUCAUCAUCAAAGCUAUCUGGCUCCCUGGCUCACAGACUGAACUAGCCAUCAUCACGGCAGACUUUGUCAAGGUUUAUGACUUAUCUGUAGAUGCAUUGAGCCCCAUGUACUACUUCCUGCUUCCCAGCUCAAAGAUUCGAGAUGCUACCUUCCUUUUCAACGAGGAAGGCAAAAACAUCAUUGUGAUCAUGUCCUCUGCUGGUUACAUGUACACUCAGGUUAUGGAUGAAUCCAGCAGCGCUCAGCAUGGGCCCUUCUAUGUCACCAAUGUACUGGAGAUUACCCAUGAAGACCUAAAGGACACUAAUGGCCAGGUGGCAGGUGGAGGCGUCUCUGUGUAUUACUCUCAUGUGCUGCAGAUGCUUUUCUUCAGCUAUAGUCAGGGCAAGUCCUUCGCUGCCACAGUUAGCCGCAGCACCACUGAAGUACAACGCCUCUUUACCAUCAACAUCAAAGGGUCAAAUGGAGGCAGCAGUAAGAUGUCCCCUGCGCUAUGCCAGUGGUCUGAAGUUAUGAACCACCCUGGACUGGUCUGCUGCGUUCAACAAACUACAGGCAUACCACUGGUUAUUAUGGUCAAACCAGACACUUUCCUCAUCCAAGAGAUCAAAACUCUUCCGGCCAAAGCUAAAAUUCAAGACAUGGUUGCUAUCCGGCACACUGCUAGCAACGAACAACAACGCACAACCAUGAUUCUGCUUUGUGAAGAUGGAAGUUUACGGAUUUACAUGGCCAAUGUGGACAACACCUCCUACUGGCUACAGCCAGCACUGCAGCCCAGCUGUGGCAUCAGCAUUAUGAAGCCUGUCCGCAAGCGCAAGGCAGCUGCUACCACGACACGAACCUCUAGUCAGGUGACCUUUCCUGUAGACUUCUUUGAACACAACCAGCAGCUCACGGAGGUGGAAUUUGGAGGCAAUGACUUACUCCAGGUUUACAAUGGACAACAGAUAAAACACAGACUCAACUCAACUGGGAUGUAUGUGGCCAACACCAAGCCUGGUGGGUUCACAGUGGAGGCGGUCAAUAACAACAGCUCCAUGGUGAUGACUGGGAUGAGGGUUCAGGUGGGGACCCAGGCCAUAGAGAGAGCUCCUUCAUAUGUGGAGGUGUUUGGGAGAACCAUGCAGAUCAACCUGACCAGGGCCAGGUGGUUUGACUUCCCCUUCACAAGAGAAGAGGCCCUGCAGGCAGACAAGAAGCUUUCAAUAUUCAUUGGUGCGUCUGUGGACCCAGCCGGUGUCACUAUGCUGGAUUCCAUUAAGAUCUAUGGUAAAACUAAGGAGCAGUUUGGCUGGCCAGAGGACCCUCCUGAAGACUUCUCCUCCGCCUCGGUCAAUAACGUGUGCAGCCCCAACCUCAACCAGGGCAACGGCUCCAGUGACGGUGACAUUUCCACCCCCACCACAGCCAGUGGCACUGUGCUUGAAAGUUCUGAAACUGAGUCCUUGUCAACAUUGGACCGGUUGGUAGUCAAUUCCCUUGAGGCUUUGGAAAGUUGCUUUGCUGUGGGCUCCUCCGGUGAAAAGGAGAAAAACAAGACUGCCGCACUGGAGCUAGCCACUCUGCUCCUGUCCAUGCCGACCCCCACUGGAGUCCAACAGCAGACCAAGGGACUGUUGGCCAGUCUGCACACCAGCCGCACAGCGUAUCACAAUCACAAGGACCAGUCGUUGUUGAGUAAUGCGGUGCAGUGUCUGAACAGCAGCACUCGAGAAGGAAGAGAGUUGGACCCCGAUGUGUUCCAGAGACUGGUGAUCACGGCUCGCUCCAUUGCAAUAAUGAGACCCAACAACCUGGUUCACUUUACAGAGAAUAAGGCACUGCAUCAAGAUGAUGAUGGACACAAACCGUUUGAUGGAGAAAGCUGUAAUUUCAUCACUCAACUCAUGAACAACUUCUGGAAACUACAUGCCCUUAAACCAAAGAAUGCUUUUCUUGCACCUGCUUGCCUGCCAGGCUUAACCCACAUUGAAGCCACAGUAAAUGCUUUGGUGGACAUCAUUCAUGCUUAUUGCGCUUGUGAACUGGAUUAUAUCAAUGUAGCCUCCAAGAUCUAUAUGCAAAUGUUACUGUGUCCAGACACAUCGGUCAGCUUUGCUUGUAAACAGGCUCUGAUUCGCGUGCUCAGACCGAGAAACAAGCGUCGCCAUGUGACCCUCCCCUCUCCUCCACGAUCCAACACGCCCAUAGGAGACAAGGACGAUGACGACGACGAUGAUGCAGAUGACAAAAUUCAAUCUUCAGUUCUGACAGGAGUAGAGGAGGGGCGGCAGGAGAGUCAGGAGCAGAGCGAGGUGGACCACGAGGGUUUUGAGAUGGUGUCUGAGUCAAUGGUCCUGGACACGUCAGAUAAUGUGAACAAUGGAAACCCAUCUCCUUUGGAGGCUCUACUGGCUGGAGCUGAGGGCUUCCCCCCAAUGCUCGACAUCCCUCCAGAUGCAGAUGACGAAACAAUGGUUGAACUAGCCAUAGCACUCAGCCUGCAGCAAGAUCAGCAAGGCAGCAGCAGCAGUGCUCUUGGCCUACAGAGCCUCGGUCUUUCUGGCCAGGCCCCAAGCUCCUCUUCACUGGACGCUGGCACUCUAUCAGAUACCACUGCCUCAGCCCCAGCCUCAGACGACGAGGGCAGCACAGCGGCCACAGAUGGCUCCACGCUCAGAACGUCUCCAGCUGAACACGGGGGCAGUGUGGGCUCUGAGAGUGGGGGAUCGGCCAUAGACUCUGUAGCUGGAGAGCACAGUGUGUCUGGUCGCAGCAGUGCCUAUGGAGACACUACAGUGGAGGGGCACCCCGCUGGUCCAGGCAGUGUGAGCUCCAGCACAGGAGCCAUCAGCACUACAACAGCCCAGCAGGAAGGAGAGGGGUCUGAGGGAGAGGCAGAGAAUGAGGGCGACAUCCACACCAGUAACAGACUGCACAUGGUGCGCCUCAUGCUUUUGGAGCGCCUUCUCCAGCACCUUUCCCAGUUACAUAAUGUGGGCGGAGUCCAGGCCAUCCCAUACAUGCAAGUCAUUCUCAUGCUGACCUCUGACCUUGACGGAGAGGACGAGAAAGACAAAGGGGCAUUGGAUGACCUGCUCGCUCAACUCAUCGCAGAACUGGGCAUUAACAAGAAGGAUGUCUCAAAGAAGAAUGAACGUAGCGCCAUCAAUGAGGUCCACCUGGUCAUCAUGAGACUUCUCAGCGUCUUCAUGUCCCGAACAAAAUCUGGCUCCAAAUCCUCCUCUGAGUCUUCGUCUCUCAUCUCCAAUGCCACAGCCACUGCUCUGCUCAGCCUAGGUGCUAUUGACUACUGCCUGCAUGUGCUCAAGUCUUUGUUGGAAUUUUGGAAAAGCCAACAGGGAGAAGAGGAGGCAGUGACCACCAGCCAGUUGCUCCGGCCCCACACAGCCUCUUCUCCCCCAGACAUGAGCCCCUUCUUCCUACGUCAGUAUGUUAAGGGCCAUGCUGCUGAUGUAUUUGAAGCCUACUCACAGCUAUUGACAGAGAUGGUGCUCCGACUCCCCUAUCAAAUAAAGAAAAUUGCAGACACUAACCCACGCAUCCCUCCCCCAGUUUUUGACCACUCUUGGUUCUACUUUUUGUCUGAGUACUUGAUGAUCCAGCAGACCCCGUUCGUCCGAAGGCAGGUCAGAAAGCUGUUGCUCUUCAUCUGUGGCUCAAAGGAGAAGUACCGUCAGCUUAGAGACCUACACACUCUGGACUCUCAUGUAAGGAGCAUCAAGAAGCUGCUGGAAGAACAGGGCAUCUUCCUCAGAGCUGGGGUGGUGACCGCCACAUCUGGAUCUGCCCUGCAGUAUGACACUCUUAUCAGUCUGAUGGAGCACCUUAAAGCUUGUGCUGAAAUUGCAACUCAGAGGACCAUCAACUGGCAAAAAUUCUGCAUGAAGGAUGAUUCGGUUUUGUACUUCCUGCUCCAAGUGAGCUUCCUGGUGGAUGAGGGUGUGUCUCCGGUCCUGUUGCAGCUACUCUCCUGUGCCUUGUGUGGCAGUAAAGUGCUGGCCACCUCUUCCUCCAACUCCUCCUCUUUCUCAGCGGGAGGCUCCACCAGCGCGGGGCAAACUGGCACUUCCCAAUCGUCCCAGAGCAAGUCCUCUAGCAAAAAGAGCAAGAAGGAGGAGAAGGAGAAGGAAAAAGAAGGUGAGGGAGGGGGAAGCCAGGAGGACCAGCUGUGCAUGGCUCUUGUCAGUCAGCUCAACAAGUUUGCUGAUAAAGAGACUCUUAUCCAGUUCUUGCGCUGCUUCCUUCUGGAGUCCAAUUCAUCAGCUGUUCGCUGGCAGGCCCACUGUCUAGCGCUGCACAUCUACAGGAACUCAAGUAAAUCCCAACAAGAGUUACUGCUUGAGCUGACUUGGGCGAUUUGGCCUGAGCUCCCUGCUUACGGUCGUAAAGCGGCUCAGUUUGUCGAUCUGCUUGGAUACUUCUCUCUCAAGACCCCUCAGACAGAAAAGAAGUUAAAGGAGUAUUCUCAAAAGGCUGUGGAAAUCCUACGGGCACAGAACCAUAUCCUGACAAAUCACCCUAACUCUAACAUCUACAACACAUUGUCAGGUCUGGUGGAAUUUGAUGGUUUUUACUUGGAGAGUGAUCCUUGCUUGGUCUGUAACAAUCCGGAAGUGCCCUUCUCAAAUAUCAAAUUGUCCUCCAUCAAAGUGGAUACUCGCUACACCACCACACAGCAGGUGGUGAAGCUCAUCGGCAGUCACACAAUCAGCAAAGUUACGGUGAAGAUUGGAGACCUCAAACGUACCAAAAUGGUUCGAACCAUCAAUCUGUACUACAACAACAGAACUGUGCAGGCCAUUGUGGAACUCAAGAACAAACCAGCACGUUGGCACAAAGCUAAGAAAGUACAACUCACUCCUGGCCAGACUGAGGUGAAGAUCGACCUGCCUCUGCCCAUUGUUGCCUCCAACCUAAUGAUCGAGUUUUCAGAUUUCUACGAGAAUUACCAGGCGUCCACUGAGACCCUGCAGUGCCCUCGCUGUAGCGCCUCUGUCCCAGCCAAUCCCGGAGUCUGCGGCAACUGUGGGGAGAAUGUCUACCAGUGCCACAAAUGCAGAUCAAUCAACUAUGAUGAGAAAGAUCCGUUCCUGUGCAACGCUUGUGGUUUCUGUAAAUACGCUCGCUUUGACUUCAUGCUCUAUGCCAAACCCUGCUGCGCCGUGGACCCCAUUGAAAACGAAGAGGACAGGAAGAAGGCUGUAACAAACAUCAACACUCUUUUGGACAAAGCGGACAGAGUUUACCACCAGCUCAUGGGCCAUAGACCUCAGCUGGAGAGCCUUCUGUCCAAGGUCAAUGAAGCUGCACCAGAGAAACCACAGGAUGACACUGGUGCAGCAGCAGGUCUGGGUACGUCUUCAGCAAAUGUCAACCGCUACAUCCAGCAGCUUGCGCAGGAGUACAGUGGAGACUGCAAAACAUCAUUUGAUGAACUCUCAAAGAUUAUACAGAAAGUCCUAGCGUCACGUAAAGAAUUAUUGGAGUACGACCUUCAGCAGCGAGAAGCAGCUACCAAAUCAUCCCGCAACAGCAGCAGUCACCAACCCACAUUCACUGCGUCUCAGUACCGCGCCCUGUCCGUGCUGGGCUGCGGGCACACCUCCUCUACUAAAUGUUAUGGAUGUGCUUCUGCCGUCACCGGGCACUGCAUCACUCUGCUCAGGGCCCUGGCCACUAACCCUGCCCUCAGGCAGAUACUGGUACUGCAGGGAUUGAUCAGGGAACUAUUUGAGUACAAUCUGAGGAGAGGGACUGCAGCCAUGAGGGAGGAGGUCCGGCAACUCAUCUGCCUACUCACAAGAGAUCACCCAGAAGCCACUCAACAGAUGAACGACCUCAUCAUUGCAAAAGUUUCUGCUGCCCUCAAAGGUCACUGGGCGAAUCCUGACCUGGUCAGUAAUCUUCAGUACGAGAUGCUAUUGCUGACAGACUCUAUCUCCAAAGAGGGAGGAUGUUGGGAGCUGCGGCUGCGCUGUGCUCUGAGCCUAUUCCUGAUGUCUGUCAACAUAAAGACUCCUGUUGUGGUGGAGAACAUCACUUUAAUGUGUUUGAGGAUUCUCCAGAAGCUUAUCAAGCCACCCGCUCCAACCAGCAAGAAGAACAAGGAUGCUGCUGUAGAGUCCCUCACCACCAUCAGACCGUACAGUAAUGAGAUCCAUGCCCAGGCCCAACUCUGGCUCAAGAAGGACCCCAAAGCAUCAUAUGAGGCUUGGAAGAAGUGUCUCCCAGCAAGAUGCCAAGAGAACUUGCCCAAGCCGCAGAAUAAAGCAGAGUUGAGGAGGCAGUACUUGUUGGAGAAAUAUGCCUGGAAAUGGAAGCAGUUUAUGAGAUCCAGAAAAGGAGAUGGUCUGUUCCCACGACUGCUCAAACUUAGCCACAACAACUGGCUUCGACAGGUUUUGUUUACUCCAGCCACUCAAGCAGCUCGACAAGCUGCCUGCACCAUUGUAGAAGCCCUGACCACCAUCCCCAGUCGCAAACAGCAAGUCCUAGACCUCCUCACUAGUUACCUGGAUGAGCUGAGUGUGGCAGGAGAGUGUGCAGUGGAGUACCUGGGUCUGUAUCAGAAGCUAAUCAAACCCACUCAUUGGAAAGUUUACCUCGCCGCUCGAGGAGUCCUGCCCUACAUCGGCAACCUCAUCACUAAGGAAAUUGCAAAUCUUCUGGCCCUGGAAGAAGCCACUCUGAGCACAGACCUGCAGCAAGGCUAUGCACUCAAAAGCCUUACUGGCUUGCUCUCCUCUUUUGUGGAGGUGGAGUCCAUAAAGCGUCACUUUAAGAGCCGGCUGGUGGGCACCGUGCUCAACGGUUACCUGUGUCUGAGGAAACUGGUGGUGCAGAGGACCAAGCUGAUCGACGAGACUCAGGACAUGCUGCUGGAGAUGCUCGAAGACAUGACCACAGGUACGGAGUCUGAAACCAAAGCGUUCAUGGCAGUGUGCAUUGAAACCGCAAAGAGGUACAAUCUGGAUGACUACAGGACUCCAGUCUUUAUAUUUGAAAGGCUGUGCAGCAUCAUUUACCCUGAGGAGAAUGAGGUGACCGAGUUCUUUGUGACUUUGGAGAAGGACCCUCAGCAGGAGGACUUCCUUCAGGGCCGGAUGCCUGGGAACCCCUACAGCAGCAAUGAGCCUGGGAUCGGACCCCUGAUGAGGGACAUCAAGAAUAAGAUCUGCCAGGACUGUGACCUGGUGGCUCUGCUGGAGGACGACAGUGGCAUGGAGCUUUUAGUGAAUAACAAAAUCAUCAGUUUGGAUCUGUCAGUGGCUGAAGUCUACAAGAAAGUGUGGUGCCCUACAAAUGAGGGUGAGCCCAUGAGAAUAAUCUACAGGAUGAGAGGGUUGCUGGGAGAUGCUACAGAGGAGUUCAUUGAAUCCCUAGAUUCCACCACAGAUGAGGAAGAGGACGAUGAGGAGGUGUACAAAAUGGCUGGAGUGAUGGCUCAGUGUGGAGGACUGGAGUGUAUGCUCAACAGAUUGUCAGGAAUCAAGGACUUCAAACAAGGGAGACACCUGCUCACCGUCCUGUUGAAGUUAUUUAGUUACUGCGUAAAAGUGAAGAUCAACCGACAGCAACUUGUGAAACCAGAAAUGAACACACUUAAUGUCAUGUUGGGCACCCUCAACCUGGCAUUAGUGGCUGAGCAGGAGAGUAAAGACAGCGGAGGAGCGUCCAUAGCUGAACAGGUCUUGAGCAUUAUGGAGAUCAUUCUGGAUGAAGCCAAUGCAGAGAUUUCAGAGGACAAGGGUAACCUGCUGCUGACGGGAGACAAAGACCAGUUGGUGAUGUUGUUAGAUCAGAUCAAUACUCUCUUCGUUCGCUCCAACCCCAGUGUUUUACAAGGCCUCCUGAGAAUCAUCCCCUACUUGUCCUUCGGAGAGUUGGAGAAGAUGAGGAUCCUGGUGGAGCGCUUCAAACCCUGCUGCAGUUUUGACAAGUAUGACGAGGAGCACAGUGCAGAUGAAAAGGUGUUUUUAGACUGUUUCUGUAAAAUUGCAGCAGGAAUCAAAAACAAUAGCAAUGGGCACCAACUCAAAGACCUGAUACUCCAGAAGGGAAUCACUCAGAGCGCACUGGACUACAUGAAGAAACAUAUCCCCAAUGCGAAAAAUCUUGAUGCUGAUGUAUGGAAGAAGUUCCUCUCUCGACCAGCGCUGCCUUUCAUUCUUAGACUUCUGCGUGGUUUAGCAACACAACAUCCUCCAACACAGGUUUUGAUAGGGACAGAUUCCAUCACAAACCUACAUAAACUGGAGCAGGUUUCCAGUGACGAGGGCAUCGGGACUCUGGCAGAGAACCUUCUGGAGGCUCUGAGGGAACACAGUGACGUGAACCUGAAGAUUGAUGCUGCUCGGAGGGAGACCAGAGCCGAGAAGAAACGAAUGGCCAUGGCAAUGAGGCAGAAGGCACUGGGCACAUUGGGCAUGACGACCAAUGAAAAGGGGCAGGUGGUGACCAAGACGUCACUGUUGAAGCAAAUGGAGGAGUUGAUCGAGGAGCCGGGCCUGACCUGCUGCAUCUGUAGAGAGGGAUAUAAGUUUCAGCCAACCAAAGUGCUGGGUAUUUACACGUUCACAAAACGAGUGAAUCUGGAGGAGUUUGAGAACAAGCCUCGUAAGCAGCAGGGCUACAGCACUGUGUCGCACUUUAACAUAGUCCACUACGACUGUCAUUUAGCUGCUGUCAGACUGGCUCGAGGUCGGGAGGAGUGGGAGAGUGCUGCUCUACAGAAUGCCAGUACCAAGUGCAAUGGACUACUUCCUGUUUGGGGGCCACAUGUGCCAGAAUCGGCUUUUGCUACCUGUUUAGCGAGGCACAACACAUAUCUGCAGGAGUGCACAGGGCAGCGCGAGCCCACGUACCAGCUGAACAUCCACGACACCAAACUGCUGUUUCUGCGCUUCGCCACAGAGCAGUCCUUCAGCGUGGACACGGGAGGAGGAGGGAGAGAGAGCAACAUCCACCUCAUCCCCUAUAUCAUCCACACUGUCCUCUAUGUGCUCAACACCACAAGGGCUACCUCCCGGGAGGAGAAGAACCUGCAGAGUUUCCUGGAGCAGCCAUGUGAGAAGUGGGUGGAAAGCUCGUAUGAGGUGGAGGGCCCGCACUACUACACUAUUCUGGGCAUGCACAUUCAGCCGCCUGAGCGCUGGAGGACCACACGCCUCUACUUUCUCAGGCGCUUGCUGCUCACUGCACACGCACGCAAAGUCUCCGCUGCCACCACCAACAAACUCACAGACAAAGCACCAAAGGAAUAUGCAGUUUACCGCUCCCCACUUCUCUUCUGGGGGCUGGUGGAUCUGGUCUAUGACAUGUUCAGGAAGGUGCCUACCAGUACCACAGAGGGCGGUUGGUCCUUCUCGCUGGCAGAGUACGUGCGGCACAAUGACAUGCCCAUCUAUGAGGCAUCCGAGAGGGUCCUCCGAGCCUUCCAGGACGAACUCAUGCCCGCUGAGAGCCUGGCGGAGUUCUUCGAUGUCGUAGGUCUACUCUCUGAAAUCCCAGACCCGGACUCGUUCCUACAAGAUGUGUUGAACUCUGUGCCCUAACCCUACUCCUCUUUCUUUCCCUCCGAAAACGACUAGCCCAAAAUUACUGAAUUAAAACCAGGACUCACUCAAACCAUAAACAAAAGUAUGUUUAUUUUCUUUACGCACUGCUAGGUUUCCUUAACACCAAGCAUCUACUCACCUCCCUCUCCUACCACAAAACAUCUUUAACAAAAAAAUAACAAUACAGAACAUUUGCAGGAAUCAUUUUAAUUGCGGUUGUUCUCCCUCUUAAUAUUUGGGUGCAAUAUUUAAACUCUGAGUGGCAUUUGGUUUUAUCUUUUUGUUUGGGUUGACGCUUUUAAACCAGUUAGGAGCAGGUUUCAGUGGUUAUGUCUGUAUUCUUUACAACUAUUGUUGGUUUAUGUAACUGGAAUUAAAAUUUUUCUUUUUGAUGUUUUUAUUGACUUUACCAGAGCAACAAAGGAAAAAGCAGUGAAUUCAAAUGCCCAAAUAAACACCAACUCAUUUUGAAAUAAGUUCUUAAAAUCAUAAUAAGUUGUCAUGUUAUAUCUUAAACACAUUUCUGCCUUUACUUAUGUGUUUGUGACUAUAGUUUCUUUGAUUUUUUUUUUUUUUUUUUUUUUUUGGUUUGUUUGUUUUACCCCAAAACAGCAUCUGGAAAUGUGAAGCUAAGCCGAAUGCAUGGAGUGUGGAGUUGAUGCAGAUUUCUUCUCAGUUUCUUUCCCGCUGCUAAAACUGUUUUUGUCAAACUGUUGCUGAAUGUCUGCUUCUGGAAACUUUAGCCGAGAAUUAAUAAAGCCCUAAUUAUUCUAUCUGAA